AGCUACAAAGAAUCCGGAAUGGCCGGCCUCUCUGUCAACUCAUAAUAUGAUAAGAAACUUGUGCUUGUCAAAUUUUGCUUCACAGCAAAAUAAGGCACAGUCCUGAUCAUCUCCUCUCUUUACGGUCAAUUCCUUAAAACUCACACUCAUACCAAUAACAUCAUCCAAUUCCUCGUUAAAACCCUUGCAGAUUAGCAUUACAUACCCAUUCAAAUCCUUGCUCGAUAGAGAGUUUAUGCCUGGUAAUAGUCUCUGCAUUCUUAAGUAAAAACCAAAUAGAGAAAAAUGGCGGCGGGUCAUGAACUACACCUUCAACUUGCAGGAGGAGGAGAGGACCACUCUCUUGUCACCGCAGACCCUGUUAUCUUGGAGCUCAAUCGCAUGCACAACCUACUGAAAGAAAAGAGUCGCGAGUUGGGGACUGCUCGAGAUGAGAUCAAGGCUCUCAGAGUUACUGAAGCUCUGAAGGAUAAAGCUGUAGAAGAGCUAAGAAAUGAAGUCGAGAAGCUGGAUGAGAAACAUAGACUCGCGCAAAAUCUUCUAGAACAUAAGAACCUUGAAAUCAAGAAUCUGACAGACGACAAAAGAGACGCAUUGGCUGCACAGUAUGCUGCAGAAGCAACUCUUAGAAGGGUACACACAAGCCGAAAGGAAGAUGAACUUCCUUCUCUUGAAUCAGUCAUUGCUCCUCUCGAGGCUGAAAUAAAAUUGUGCAAGAAUGAGAUUGCAGCGCUUCAGGAAGACAACAAGGCUUUGGAACGUCUCACCAAGUCAAAAGAGUUGGCUCUUCUUGAAGCAGAAAGGAUAUUGCGAAGUGCACUUGAAAGAGCUCUAAUAGUUGAAGAGGUUCAAAACCAAAACUAUGAAUUGAGGAGACAGAUUGAAAUCUGCCAUGAAGAAAACAGAAUACUUGAGAAAACAAAUCGCCAAAAGGUUUUAGAGGUUGAAAAGCUUAGCCAGACCAUUCAGGAACUUGAGGAGGCCAUUUUAGCUGGAGGGGCUACUGCCAAUGUUAUUCGUGACUGCAAAAGACAAAUAGACACAUUGCAUGAGGAGAAGAGGACUCUUGAGAGGGAGCUAGCAAGAGUUAAAGUUUCAGCAAACCGAGUAGCUACCGUUGUUGCUAAUGAGUGGAAGGAUGAAAAUGACAAAGUUAUGCCUGUUAAACAGUGGUUGGAAGAGAGAAGAAUGAUGCAGGCAGAGAUGCAACGUAUGAAGGAGAAGCUAGCAGUCUCGGAUAGAACAGCGAAGGCAGAGGCACAACUGAAGGAAAAGCUGAAGUUGAGACUGAAAACACUAGAAGAAGGGUUAAAGCAUGUUUCAAGUUUCUCUGUCAAUCCUAAUUCCUUUUGCCGGUCCCCUAAAACAGAAAAGUCCAGUAACUUCUUAGGAUUUCUGACGAGCCCUGGUGGAUUAGGAAAGAGAUCAACCUCACAGCCAAGAGCCUCCUCUCUCAGAAGCUCCCCGAAUUCAGACAGUGAAACAGCCAAUGCUGCUGGAGAGCUAAAAAGAUCAAAUAGCUUUAAAAAGAGAUAUGGUUCCGGAGAAAAGUUACUGAGAAAAAGCUUAUGGGCUUCUAGAACUAAAGUUGUUGAUAGUGGUGAGAAGGAGAACACAGAACGAAAUGAAAAUACUGAUAACAACAAGAAUGAUGAUAAAACUGUUACUGCUGAGACUAAAACUAAAGAUGGUGCCAAUGAAGACAAGCCCAAGAAGACAAGUAUCAACUUCGAAAGUGAAGAUUUAGUGUCAGGAUUUCUGUAUGACAGGCUACAAAAGGAGGUUAUUAAUCUGAGGAGGCAUUGUGAAGUCAAAGAGAAUGAUAUGAAUGCCAAGGAACAAGAAGUAAAGAUGCUGAUGAAAAAGGUUGAUGCACUGACAAAAGCCAUGGAAGUGGAAUCUAAGAAAAUGAAGAGAGAAGCCAUAGCUAGAGAUAAAGAAGCUGCGGGAGGCAAGGUGGAUGAUGUCAAAAAGAACAGAACUAUAAACUCAUCCAAGAGGGUUACGAAAGCAUCUUGAUAGAUUGCUUGCAUGGGAUCAAUUGAUGAUCACCUGGAGUUGAGUCAAGUGACCAGAUUUUUAAUGUAGAUACAGAGAGAGAUAAGUUUCACCAAUGGUAGCCACAUCAGAUAUAGGCAGGCUAGGCGCUCGCCGUGGUGGUUUAGUUGCUUAUUAGGCGGGCGCCUAGACAGACCAGGAUGGUAGCUAGCUAAAAUAAGAUUCUGGAUGUACAUGGAUGAGCUGCGCUUGUACAUUUAGGUUCAUGUGUGUUUUCCUCUGCUUGAAAUCUAUAUAAGUAAUUCAUACGGUACAUGCAGUUUGUUUGA